AUGGUGAGAGCAAAGGAUCCCCUUUAAAUGAGGCUGGGGGCUUCCCUCUCCAUUUGCAUGGGAGGGCCAAGGGCGCUGCAAAAUUGCAAUGGGCAGCAAUUGCGGGGGGGGGCGGGAGCAGAGUCCAAAAUUUAAGAGGCUUUUGCUGCAAACCCUCCAAAAAAACAACAACCCCCAAAUACAGUAAAAGGAAAUUUGGAAUUAAAAGUGGCGAUACCAGCAGCGGCCACCGGAGGGCGCGCGUGCGCACUUUAUAAACUUCCUCGUUCUGUUCAUUCCUUUCCCAUCUAAGCUAUUAGUGCCAGCACUGACCGGCAGCAGCAGAGCUUUCAGACAAGCUUUUUUCCCCUUUUUCUUUUUGGCCAGCUUUUCUGCGGGAAUUGGAGGUGGGGAGCAAGGAAGGGGUUCGGCCCCCGGCAGCGCACCCGGAAAGGGACAUAGGGAACCAUUAAUGCGCAAAUAAUAAUAAUAAUAAUAAUUUAUUAUCUAUAACCCCGCCUAUCUGGCUGGGUUUCCCCAGCCACUCUGGGCGGCUUCCGACAAAACACUAAAAUACAAGAAACUAUUAAACAUUAAAAGCUUCCCUAAACAGGGCUGCCUUUAGAUGUCUUCUAAAAGUUUGGUAGUUAUUUAUCUCUUUGACAUCUGGUGAGAUCUAAGAUUCGAAUGCUGUACUGACAUGUAGGCCAGAUCCCUUGCUUGAGCCGACUGAGCGGAGCGUUUCAGGGCGGUAGAGCUCGAAACCAUGAGGACCGGAACCUCGGCUCAUUUUUAUUUGAAGCCGGCGGUUUCUGCACUGCUGGGGGUGGACUAGAUGACUGUCGGGGGUCCCUUCCAACCGUACGAUUCCGCAAUUCUAUAAGUCUAUUCCAGGUCUCAGAUUUGACCCCCAGGAGCCUAGUGCGCCUGUGACUCGGUCCCAAGCUGUUUCUUCCUAUUUAAAACUGGGUCUUUUAAUUCAGAACAAUGAGGACUGGAAACUUGACUUCUGAGCUCUCAGGGAGCAGUUCCAAUGUUCUCGGGUUAGGCUAAUUGAUCGGAGGAGAAUUAGCCUUCCCGCUGAUGUCGGACUCUGGAGUGGGGGCGGGCGAUUAUGUCUCCCGACCCAUGAAACGCCUGCCAGCGCGGUCCAUGGCUGUCCGGGAGUCAAAGCUGGAAUGGAGCCUCCAUGCACAGGCGCAGUCUGUUGUUGUUGUUGUUGAGUCGUUUAGUGGUGUCCGCCUUUUCGUGACCCCCUGGACCAGAGCACGCCAGGCCCUCCUGUCUUCCACUGCCUCCCGCAGUUUGGUCAAACUCAUGCUGGUAGCUUCGAGAACACUGUCCCACCAUCUCAUUCUCCGUCGUCCCCUUCUCCUUGUGCCCUCCAUCUUUCCCAAUAUCAGGGCCGCCAAGACCACAUAACAUUGGUCUUGAAAGACCUUCAUUGGCUCCCAGGACGUUUCCGAGCAAAAUUCAAAGUGUUGGUGCUGACCUUGAAAGCCCCAAACGGCCCAGUAUCCCUGAAGGAGCAUCUCCACCCCCGUCAUCCGGCCCGGACACCUGGGUCCAUCUCCCGAGGGCCUUCUGGCAGUUCCCUCGCUGCGAGAAGCGAGGUUACAGGGAACCAGGCAGAGGGCCUUCUCAGUGGUGGCGCCCGCCCUGUGGAACUCCCUCCCGUCAGAUGUCAAGGAAAUAAACAACUAUCUGACUUUUAGAAGACAUCUGAAGGCAGCCCUGUUUAGGGAAGCCUUUAAUGUUUGGUGUUUCGUUGUUGUUUAGUUGUUUAGUCGUGUCCGCCUCUUUGUGACCCCCUGGACCAGAGCACGCCAGGCCCUCCUGUCUUCCACUGCCUCCUGCAGUUUGGUCAAACUCAUGCUGGUAGCUUCGAGAACACUGUCCCACCAUCUUGUCCUCCGUCGUCCCCUUCUCCUUGCGCCCUCCAUCUUUCCCAACAUCAGGGUCUUUUCCAGGGAGUCUUCUCUUCUCAUGAAGUGGCCAAAGUCUUGGAAGGGAGAGCUGGACCAUAAAGAAGGCUGAUCACUGAAGAACUGAUGCUUUUGAAUUCUGGUGCUGGAAGAGACUCUUGAGAGUCCCAUGGGCAGCUAGAAGAUCAAACCUCUCCAUCCUUAAGGAAAUCAGCCCUGAGUGCUCACUGGAAGGACAGAUCCUGAAGCUGAGGCUCCAAGACUUUGGCCACCUCAGGAGAAGAGAAGACUCCCUGGAAAAGACCCUGAUGUUGGGAAAGAUGGAGGGCACAAGGAGAAGGGGACGAUGGAGGAUGAGAUGGUGGGACAGUGUUCUCAAAGCUACCAGUAUGAAUUUGACCAAACUGCGGGAGGCAGUGGAAGACAGGAGUGCCUGGCGUGCUCUGGUCCAGGGGGUCACAAAGAGGCAGACACAACUAAACGACUAAACAACAACAACAACAACAAUAAUAAUAAGUUAUCCCUGGCGGUUGAGAAUUGCUGCAUCCCAGCCGUAUGGGCAAGGUAUAAAUAAUAAAAUUAUUAUUAUUAUUAUUAUUACUACAUGGCCGCAACGUUCACGACAGCCCUGUAAGGCCGGCUGGCGUCCUUUAAACCCAUAUUCCAGACUGAGGGCAAACACAGCCUGGCUGGCUGCUCCUUCUCUCCCGCACUAAAGGGUUGGUGUCGGGAGGCGAGACUCGAACCCAGCACCCGCCAGCUCCAAUCAGUCAGCGGGGCAGGGAAGGGGGGAAACAUUAGCUUGUCUGAGAUGGGACACACACAGACCCCAACUGCCGCCCCAGGAUGGAUGGUUUUCGGCAGGAUAGAUGUUUCCGCCAAGGCAGGGGCGGUUUGGGCGGCUUGCCACGAAGGCGUUUUGGAGCCCCGUGGCCUGGAAAGCGCAUUUAAACUGUCGGUUUUAAUUGGGUGGGGGAACGGAAACACCCCCCCCCAGCUGCUGUUGUUGGGCCUGGGGGGUUUGGCACAGGCUGUCAAUUUCUCCUGCAACCCACCCACAACUUUCUUUGCAACAGGAGAUGGGGGGAAAUUUGUCUGUGCAUGCCAAAACUGCGUCCUGGAGGUGUCUCUGAAUUGAUGCCGUCUGCCGCGAGGCCGGCAGUUUGCUGGAGAAACGGGACAGAGACCAGGAAGCCGGCGGGUCUGUGUAUAUGGGGCAUAUCUCUUAUUUAUUUCUAUUUUUUAAUUAAUAUUCAACGAGACGAUCCUCGUGGUGCAGUCCAGCUCCGCGAUCCGGCGAGCCAGCAGCCAGGCACGACGCAAAGGACUUGUUCUUCUAAGGAUCGUAAAGUUGGAUGGUGUAUUAUUGUUAAAAUUGUUGUUUUGAAAUUUCUAAUAUUUUUUUUUUAAGUUGGAAAGGGGUCCCCGGGGGUCAUCCAUCCCAACCCGCUUGCAAGGCAGAAAUCUCGGCUAAACAGAGGACCACCCAACCUCUGCUUUGAAACCUCAGAGGAAGGAGAAUUGUCCACCUUCCCAUCCCAUCUCAAAUGCCUUGGUACUCGAACAACUUGGAACCCAAACACUGCAAACCUAGAAAGAAGUGUUCCGGUUUGUGAACAUUUUUUGGAAGCCAAAUGUGCUGCGUUUUGAGUGCCACACUUUGGUUUUGAGCGUUACGCUGAGGUCUGUCUGUUUUUGCUAUUUAUUUUCCGUUUUUGCGGCUCUCUCCGUUUUGUUUUUUUGUGACUGUGCGGAACCCGGUUCAGCUACUGAUGGAUUGAUUGUGUGGCUGCAGUACAUUGAUUAUUGAUUUCAUUUUGUGGAUCAACGGUCUCGUUAGAGAGUCAAAUUCGUGUUCAAUUGCUGUUUCAGGGGUUGUUUUUAAAAUUCUGGAACGGAUUAAUCUGUCUUGUGUUGCUUUCUAUGGGAAAGCAGCGUGCCUCGGUUUUGGAACGCUUUGGUUUUGGGACGCCAUUUCCGCAACGGAUUAAGUUGGAGAACCAAGGGACCACUGUACAACGGGAGAUUAGCCUCUACCCUAAGGUGUUGUGGACUUUGGAGGCGCCCAAAUUCGAGGCGAAAGGGGGAAACGAUCCGAGAGGAAGGCACGCUUGGCAGAUCCUCUCCUGGAUAAACUUCCACCUGGAAACCACCAUUAAGACCAUGGGUCGGCAAGCGAAGGCCCGGGGGCCGGAUCCGGCCCAAUCACCUUCUCAAUCCUGCCCACGGACGGUGCGGAAAUCAGCGUGUUUUUACACGAGUAGAAUGUGUGCUUUUAUUUACAAUGCAUCUCUGGGUUAUUUGCGGGGCAUAGGAAUUUGUUCAUUUUUUUGCUUUCCAAAAAAUAGUGUCUGGAGGCGGUUGGAGGAUGGAUGGCGGCUAACAGAUUGAGGCUGAAUCCUGACAAGACAGAAGGACUGUUUUGGGGGGACAGGAGGCGGGCGGGUGUGGAGGAUUCCCUGGUCCUGAAUGGGGUAACUGUGCCCCUGAAGGACCAGGUACGCAGCCUGGGAGUCAUUUUGGACUCACAGCUGUCCAUGGAGGCGCAGGUCAGUUCUGUGUCCAGGGCAGCUCCAUCUGGUACACAGGAUGAGACCCUCCCUGCCCGCAGACUGUCUUGCCAGAGUGGUGCAUGCUCUGGUUAUCUCCCGCUUGGACUACUGCAAUGCGCUCUACGUGGGGCUGCCUUUGAAGGUGACCCGGAAACUACAACUAAUCCAGAAUGCGGCAGCUAGACUGGGGACUGGGAGCGGCUGCUGAGACCACAUAACACCGGUCUUGAAAGACCUACAUUGGCUCCCAAUACGUUUCCGAGCACAUUUCAAAGUGUUGGUGCUGACCUUGAAAACCCUAAACGGCCUCGGUCCAGUAUACCUGAAGGAGCGUCUCCACCCCCAUCGUUCUGCCCAGACACUGAAGUCCAUCUCCCGAGGGCCUUCUGGUGGUUCCCUCACUGCUAGAAGCCAAGUUACAGGGAACCAGGCAGAGGGCCUUCUCGGUGGUGGCACAUGCCCUGUGGAACGCCCUCCCACCAGAUGAAGAGAACAACUACCAGACUUAGACAUCUGAAGGCAGCCCUGUUUGACGUAUUACAGUAUUUUAAUUUUUUUUGGGAAGCCGCCCAGAGUGGCUGGGGAAGCUCAGCCAGAUGGGCAGGGUAUAAAUAAAUUAUUAAUAAUAAUAUUAUAGUCCAGCCCCCCACAAGGUCUGAGGGACUGUGGACCGGCCCCCUGCUGAAAAAGUUUGCUAACCCCUGAUUAAGACCAUCAUGGAAGACCAUCCUCCUCGCCCUAGGAAGAGGAGGACAAACACAGCUGCGGGUUUCGUCUGCGAUUCCUGCCUCCCAUCGCAAGGGGGUUGACCCUCGGGUGUCCCUCCCAGCCCCCCAAUUCUGUGCCGCCAGCCUGCUCCUUUGGCCCAGGCCAGGCUUCAAAACAGCCCAGCAGAAACUUCCUUAUGGAGUGCGAUCGAAAGCCGGAUUUGGCACGGAAGCCAAACCGGACACCGUCCGUUCCAGAGCUCAGGUUUUUGGGGAAUGGGGGCAGGAGUUUUAGGUUUGUGGACUUGCCAGCUCAGGGUGGGGGCUUUGUAACCCAUAUCCCCAACCCCUUCCAGCCCACGAUUUGCACGUAAUAUAUAUUUAUAUUUCUCGAAGUGGAACGCAGGCCGCCGUCGCUGAGGGUUCCUUGUUUUGCACACAUGCAAAAAAGAGAGACUUUUAAAAAUGUUUAUUUCUUCUCCUCUUACUUUCUUCCAUCGCUUUUAAUAAAACAGAGAGAGAGUGAGAGAGAGACUUUUAAUGAACCGAAGAGUAUACAGAGCCAAGGUCUAGCCGGCGGCAAGAGCCGAUUUUGGCAAGGAGAGCAUGGCCAAAGCGUGGCAGGAAGAUUUAAAGACAAUAAAAGAAUAACAUUUAAGCGUUUCAUUGUAGAAAUGGUUUUUUUAUUUGUUUGCAGAAUAUGGGUAGAUAUUCGAGAGCUGCUGGCUGUUCUACAGUUCUCGGCAGACAUUGUGCGAAUACGAAAGCUCAGAAAAGUGAAAGGCUCUUUGUUCUGUUUGUUCGUCUCAAAUUAGACCUGAUAUAAUUUAGUCCUGACGCCUCUCUCUGUGAGUUUCUGUACGUAUUUCAGACACGUAUGCAAGAGGCUAAUUUAUAAUAGUAUUUUGGGAAUCACUCACGUUCUUAUGGGGCUGCGUGGUUUUAUACUUUCUGGGUCAGCUGUGACCACAUUAUCAGAAUUGUCAAAUCGGAAGGGACCCCGGCGGUCAUCCAGACCAACCCCCAGAGAUGCAGGAAUCCUUGGCCUAGAGAGCUUUGUGACACUGUCAGGAUUCGAACCCUGAUCUCCCAGGUCCUGGCCCGACCCUCUCUAACCACUACUCUCCCCCACUGUCUUCCUAGACUUCUUCUGCUAUAGGGCAAACUCUAUAAAUUAAGUAGGCCAGUAAAUACAGUGGUACCUCGGGUUACAGACGCUUCAGGUUACAGACGCCGCUAACCCAGAAAUAGUACCUCGGGUUAAGAACUUUGCUUCAGGAUGAGAACAGAAAUCGUGUGGCGGCAGCGGGAGGCCCCAUUAGCUAAAGUGGUGCUUCAGGUUAAGAACAGUUUCAGGUUACCUGAGGUACCACUGUACAGGGCGAGCAAAACGUCCCUUAGAGAAGGAUCUGAAAUAUUAGCCAUCAAUCAAUCAAUCAAUCAAUCAAUCAAUCAAUCAGUUCUUUAUCGCAGUCCAGAGACCCACAAACGGAACCCAGUACAUAAAAAUAUUCUAAUUGAAGCUUGUUUUAUUUGAUGCUUUAUCUGCUUCGAUAUAGUGGUACCUCGGGUUAAGAACUUAAUUCGUUCCAAAGGUCCAUUCUUAACCUGAAACUGUUCUUAACCUGAAGCACCACGUUAGCUAAUGGGGCCUCCUGCUGCCGCCGCGCCGCCGGAGCACAAUUUCUGUUCUUAACCUGAAGCACUAUUUCUGAGUUAGCAGAAUCUGCAACCUGAAGCGUCUGUAACCCGAGGUACCACUGUAUUUUGCCUUUGAAACUGAAAGCAAUAAAGAAACGAAAUGGAGAUAAUAUUGUCGAGUGACCACGGAAAAAAUAAAGGGCGCUUUGACAUUCCGUCGAGGAGCGGCCGAAAACCAGGUUCAAGGUGCCGUUUGGCGAUUCGUGGAUAUUAUCUGAGUUUUUUUAACGCUGAGAAGACCUGGAGGAAAGGGACGCGGGUGGCGCUGUGGCUUAAACCACAGAGCCUAGGAUCAGAAGGUCGGCGGGUCGAAUCCCCGCAAUGACGGGGUGAGCUCCCGUUGCUCGGUCCCUGCUCCUGCCCACCUAGCAGUUCGGAAGCACGUCAGUGUGCAAGUAGAUAAAUAGGUACCACUCCGGCGGGAAGGUAAACGGCGUUUCCAUGCGCUGCUCUGGUUCUCCAGAAGCGGCUUAGUCCUGCUGGCCACAUGACCCGGAAGCUGUACGCCGGCUGCCUCGGCCAGUAAAGCGAGAUGAGCGCUGUUACCCCAGAGCCGUCCAUGACUGGGAAUCUCAGGAGAGGAGAGGAGAGCCGCUCUUGUGAUCGAAUCCUGCCACGCUACCAAGAGCUUCGGCCCCUCGCUCUAUCGAAACGCAUCUCCCAAGCUUAAUUCUCUUUUUCGUCCAUUUGCAGUUGGAAGCGGACGUCCAGACCCUCGUCCACCGCUUCUAUGCCCUUCAGAGCGAACGGGUCGAAGCCUACCACCUCUUUGAAGAGUGAGUAUCGCUGACCGGUUGGGGUUUUAUUUAUUUGGGGUGGGGGACAUGGCCAGGUUUCCAGAGGAAGAGUGGCUUCCCGUUGAGGUGCCCGAUUGAGGCCUCUGAGGAUGCCUGGCCUGGACCCGAAGUUAUGGGACUACAAAGCCCAUCGUCCACUGCCAUCUCGGCCAACAGCACUGGAUGAUGGGUGUUGUAGUCCAACUUCUAAAUAUGAGCUCUUGUGCAGCGCUCACGGCGACGCAUUGGGUAUAUAUAUGCGCAUCCCACUAUGGGGCGUGUUUUGCGCCGCGUCCUACCGUUAUUAUCCCGCGAUCUUAUUCUUCCUGCUCUCAACGGCUGUUUAUUAUUAUUGCUUUGUUUCGUUUGGCUGGUUUGUUUUCAAAUAAACAACGACAAACAGAGGAAAGGACUCGAAAACGCCAGGAUCCCGGCAAGCCAAGUUCACCGUUGGCCGGUUUUCAGGACCCCAGAAAGGUGGUUUCGAGACCCCCUCAAGGACCCCAGCCCCAUUCUUUUCUGUGCUGCCCCCAAUUUCCGUGCCUCGCCGUCCAACGGGGGAAGGAGGCCCAGAAGGGGUGGGGGGGUUCCCUCCCCGCUUUUUCCUGCCGCACCCAGGGCUUUUUUUGGCUCGGGUGCCCCUGAUGAACACCAGAUGAGUCGGGCGGGGGGUGGAAAAACCUCCCUCCCUAAACACCUGUCUUCGAUUUGCAGAGAGAAGGCGCUCUGGAGCGGGGUCUCUGGGCAGGGGGGCGGUAAUUGACUUCUGGGGAAUCGAGAACCGAGACCCUCCGGCAACCCCCCACGACUCCGACCGAGCGGGCUGGCUUCCCAACCGCCCCCCUCCCACCAACCCACUUGGCAGGGGUGACGCCCCCCCUUGCCAGGCAGGCUGGUGUGUGUGGGACGGUUCCUAAUUCACCCAUGCCUCUUGCAAACCCAGCCCAGCGAGGUCACGCCAAAGGGAUGGGGGCUUUUUGUAGAAUCGUAAGAUUUGGGAGAGGGACGCGGGUGGCGCUGUGGGUUAAACCACAGAGCCUAGGACUUGCCGAUCAGAAGGUCGGCGGUUCGAAUCCCCGCAAUGACGGGGUGAGCUCCCGUUGCUCGGUCCCUGCUCCUGCCAACCUAGCAGUUCGAAAGCACGUCAAAGUGCAAGUAGAUAAAUAGGUACCGCUCCAGCGGGAAGGUAAACGGCGUUUCUGUGCGCUGCUCUGGUUCGCCAGAAGUGGCUUAGUCAUGCUGGCCACAUGACCCAGAAGCUGUACGCCGGCUCCCUCGGCCAGUAAAGUGAGAUGAGCGCCGCAACCCCAGAGUCGGCCACGACUGGACCUAAUGGUCAGGGGUCCCUUUACCUUAUCUUUACCUUUAAGAUUUCGGAGAUAGCCCCAAAGGCAUCUAGGCCAGCCCUCUGCAAUGCAGGGUUUUUGCUUUUGUUUAAAUCCCUGUACAGGGCUGCCUUCAGAUGUCUUCUAAAAGUCAGAUAGUUGCUUAUUUCCUUGACAUCAGGCGGGAGGGCGUUCCACAGCGCGGGCGCCACCACUGAGAAGGCCCUCUGCCUGGUUCCCUGUAACCUCGCUUCUCGCAGGGAGGGAACCGCCAGAAGGCCCUUGGAGCUGGACCUCCGUGUCUGGGCUGGACUAUGGGGGUGGAGAUGCUCCUUCAGGGAUACAGGGCCAUUUAGGGUUUUAAAGGUCAACACCAACACUUUGAAUUGUGCUCGGAAACGUACUGGGAGCCAAUGUAGGUAUUUCAGAACUGGUGUUAUAUGGUCUUGGCAGCUGCUCCCAGUCCCCAGUCUGGCUGCCGCAUUCUGGAUUAGUUGUAGUUUCCUGGUCACCUUCAAAGGUAGCCCCACGGAGAGUGCAUUGCAGUAGUCCAAGCGAGAGAUGACUAGAGCAUGCACCACUCUGGCCAGACAGUCUGUGGGCAGGGAGGGUCUCAUCCUGCGUCCCAGAUGGAGCUGCCCUGGACACAGAAUUGACCUGCGCCUCCAUGGACAGCUGUGAGUCCAAAAUGAACCCCAGGCUGCGCACCUGGUCCUUCAGGGGCACGGUUACCCCACUCAGGGCCAGGGAGUCCCCCACACCUGCCCGCCUCCUGUCCCCCCAAAACAGCACUUCUGUCUUGUCAGGAUUCAACCUCGAUCUGUUAGCCGCCAUCCAUCCUCCAACCGCCUCCAGACACUCACACAGGACCUUCACCGCCUGAUUUAAAAGAGGCCAUUGAGAUCCUUUCCAACUCUCCGAUUCUGUGCCAGGAGGCACAAAGUCGGGACAUUCUGCAUUCGGCCCAGACCUCGGUCUUCAAGUCCAGGAAAUGGGUACACCGCUGCUUCUCUCAACUGUUUUCUCCCCCCUCUUUCCCGCCAGGGGCCACCGGGCGUAUCUCCGAAGCGGCCCCGACUACGACUUCGCCCGCUACCGCCAGCUGGUGCACGAGAUCACCCAGGCCUUCAGCGGGAUCUCGCGGGAGAUCCUACAGAUCAAGGAGCAGCUGGAGGGACCCCGCGGGCGGCCUGACCUCGCCCACCACCUGGGGCGCCUCCAGGAGAAGGAGAAAGAGAAACUCGAGCUGGUGAGAGAAAGAAGGGGUGCAUGGAGGCCGGUCUCAAUUUGCGCCCAUUUUACAGAUGCAAAACUGAUCCCCUUCCGGUUUUGUGCUAGAAGAGUGUUUCGAUCGUGUUUCGAUCUUGUAAUCGGGAUCGGUGGUGUCUGGAAUAUCAGGUGCGGAUGUCCCUUGAGAGCUUUGGGGUUUUUUGAGCAGCUUGUGUGUAUAUGUAUUCAUGGAAUCAUGGCAUUGGAAGCGGCCUAGCUCAACCCCCUGCAACGCAAGGAUAUGCAGCCGUCCCUUACGGGAUUUGAACCCGCCACCCUGGCACUGUCUCCCAUCUGCAACGGAUGCUUCGGCUGAAGUUUCCUUCAUUGCAGGGGGUUCGACUAGAUGACUCUGGAGGUCCCUUUCCAGCUCUAGAAUUCUUUAAUUCUUACCACGCUGUAACCGGCUGAGCUACCCAGCUCGCAAAAAGCCGGAACGCCCCUUGCGCAAUAAACGCAUCGUUUAUCGUUUCAACGUUUUCGCUUUAACCGCUUUCCGUCGUUUUCACCUUUGUGAACCGACCUGAUCUCUCGUCAAAUGAACGAAUGAAUAUUAUUUAUAGUAAAAACGGGGGGAGGGAGAGAAAGUGAUAAAAGAUGGCAAAUCAUCAGAGGUGUUGACGGAAGUCUAAAAUAGCGUAUAAGUUACGUAUGUGGUUGUUGGAAAUGAUGUUAAAAAAACUAAUAAAAAUAUAAAAGGGGGAAAAAGAAAGCUUUAGCAAAAACAUUUUGUUAGGUAAAUCCUGAAAUACUGUCUUAUUUCGUUCUAUAAUAAAACAUUUUAAAAAAAUAUUAUUUAUAAAUGAAUAUUAUUGCAUCUAUAGCCUGCCUUUGCUCUCAGGGGCUAAUUCCCUCUCUCCCUCUCUGCCUUCCCUUUUAAUCUUGACAACAAUCCUGUAAGGUUGGUUAGUGACCAGCCAGAGGUUGGAUUAAAACCCAGGUCUCCUCCUGCCUUUCGGGUCCGGGUCUCUAACCACUGCACGGCACUGCCCCUCUUGCAAACUGCCGCCCCAGCAAACUGGGGAGAGGGGGGGCUGGCGAUUUCUGCGCCCCCCUUUCGUCUCCGCCGUGAGGGUCUCACCUCCUCGUUUCUCCCCCCUUCCCAGACGGCUCAGCUGCAGCUUGCGAAACAGAACGCUCAGGACCACCCCGGCGUAGAAGCCCACCUGCAAGAGGUUCGCCAGCUCAAGCACAGGUAAGUGAGGGGGACCCCUGUGGUUGCAAAUCGGAAAGAGGGGUGCGGCGCUUUUGCUUUUAAACAACACCCCCCCCCCCCGAUUGCAUAAACGCUCUCCAACCAGAAAAAACCAAACGCGUUUAUUUUUAUUUCCCAAAACUCGACCGUAACUCUCAAAGUGUCUGCAUGCAGAGACGCCUCUCAGUCCUUGUUUUAAGAGGGGAGUCCUGUUAGUUUCAGGCUUGUUGUUGUUGUUGAGUCGUUUAGUCGUGUCCGCCUCUUCGUGACCCCCUGGACCAGAGCACGCCAGGCACUCCUGUCUUCCACUGCCUCCCGCAGUUUGGUCAAACUCAUGCUGGCAGCUUCGAGAACACUGUCCCACCAUCUCGUCCUCCGUCGUCCCCUUCUCCUUGUGCCCUCCAUCUUUCCCAGCAUCAGGGUCUUUUCCAGGGAGUCUUCUCUUCUCCUGAGGUGGCCAAAGUCUUGGAGCCUCAGCUUCAGGAUCUGUCCUUCCAGUGAGCGCUCAGGGCUGAUUUCCUUCAGAAUGGAGAGGUUUGUUCUUCUUGCAGUCCAUGGGACUCUCAAGAGUCUCCUCCAGCACCAGAAUUCAAAAGCAUCCAUUCUUUGGCGAUCAGCCUUCUUGAUGGUCCAGCUCUCACUUCCAUACAUCACUACUGGGAAAACCAGAGCUUGAACUAUACGGACCUUUGUUGGCAAGGUGAUGUCUCUAGUUUUUAAAAUGCUGUCUAGGUUUGUCAUUGCUUUUCUCCCAAGAGCCAGGCGUCUUUUAAUUUCGUGCUACAAAAGUAGAAAUUAACAAUUUGGGGAGAAAGUAAAAGGGGGGCGCAGUUGGGCGAGAGUCAUUGUCCGGGGGGGUUAAACUCCCCCCCCCGUGGACCCACUGCCAUAUCUGUGGAGGGAAGAGUGAGUUGUUGUGUUUUUUGGCCCAGAUCCUGUAUAUUUUGUCAAACAGAGCUCUGACAGAAGUUCAGGAAUCUGUGUUGAUCUGUCGGAAGACGGGUGGGCUGGUUCUUGCUAGUUUCAGAUUUGACCCUAACGUGCAUGAAACUCACCUAAAAUUGACAAUUUAAAAAAAUAAAUGGAUCAGAAGACAAACUGGCUCCCUUUCCUGCCCAAGUCGCCCCGGGGAAACAAUUAGAUUUAAUUUCCAUGCCCAACUCCAAUUCACGCCCCCUUCAGUCCGUUGGCAAUCCCAGUUCAUUUCUCACAAAAACGUAACCUUGAGAAAAAGCAAGCUUAAAUCUGUUUAUGUGGACAGCUCAGUCGGUAGAGCGUAAGGCUGUUUAAUCUCAAAGGUCGUGGGUUCGAGUCCCAUGCUGGGCGAAAGGUUCCCACAUUGCAGAGGGGUGGGCUGGAUGACCCUUGGGGACCCUUCCAAUAAUACAAUUCACUGCAAAAUAGUAUCCUACCCGAUAAACUCCCUGCUCUAAUAUAGCGCCCGUGUCUUUUCUGCCUCAACAAAUCUCUCUGAGAAAAGGGGAACAUUUCCACAUCUCGGGGUGCUCUUUUUGGCCCGACGGGACCUGAUCUCCCACAAUCCCCCCUGGCUGCAGUCUCCCACAAUCCCCCUUGCUUGCAAUCUCCCACAAUCCCCCCUGGUCGCAAACUCCCACAAUCCCCCCUUGCUUGCAAUCUCCCACGAUCCCCCCUUGCUUGCAAUCUCCCACAAUCCCCCUUGCUUGCAAUCUCCCACAAUCCCCCCUGGUUGCAGUCUCCCACAAUCCCCCCUGGUCGCAGUCUCCCACAAUCCCCCCUGGUCGCAGUCUCCCACAAUCCCCCCUGGUCGCAAUCUCCCACAAUCCCCCCUGGUCGCAAUCUCCCACAAUCUCCCCUGGUUGCAAUCUCCCACAAUCCCUCUUGCUUGCAACCUCCCACAAUCCCCCUUGGUCACAAUCUCCCACAAUCCCCCUGGUUGCAAUCUCCCACAAUCCCCCUUGCUUGCAAUCUCCCACAAUGCCUUGGGUGGAGGGGCAGAACCGCUCUCUCUCUCGAGACCCAGAUCCCUUUACAGGAUAGAUUUUGCGGGGUGAGGGUUGGUGUGGAGAUUCAGCGCCCGGAAAAAAAAACCUGUUUAUUUUUGCAGAAGAGGGGUCUUUGGAGAGGUCCCUCCCCCCGAUUGCUCUGCUUUGGCUCUCGGGAUUUUUGGCUUCCCACGGGCCAUUGGAUCGCUGCGUUUCAUAAACAAGCGGCGAGGGCCGGGGAGGGAGGCGGGCAGGGCCGGGCGGCCCGAGCCCAGAGUGUGCCUAAUCGCCUCCAUAUGCUCCUUUAUUUAUCGUUUCCAUCCUCCCCAACCAGGCUAAUUCAAACCAUCGAGGCAAUCAGCGAAAUUCUCCAAGAUUUCAAGUACGAUUCUGAAGAAAGCUCUUGA